UCAUCACUCUUACGUAACACAACUCAAAACUCAUUCAACAUGGCAACAGGGUCUACAAUCUUCGUCAGCAUUUUCUCGGUUCUUCUUGCUGUCUCUUCGACUCUCUGCCAAAGCAACAUCCCUAAGAAUCCCUUGGGAUAUGUAUUCAAUGGUGGAAAACCAACAGCUCCGAUUCAUCUAGAGAUCUUUGCAGACCUGACCUGCCCAGACUGCCAACAAGCCUGGCCUGUGGUCAAACAAGUAGCUGAAUACUAUGGACCUGAAAAACUUCGAAUGGUCUUUCAAACAUUCCCUCUUGCRUUUCACACUAAUGCUUUCAUUGCUGCACAGAGUGUACCAGUUGCUGAACGUUUUAAUUCCAGUCUUGUCUUUACAUGGAUUGACGURCUGUUCAAGAACCAGAACCUAUUGUACAACUUCCAGACAUUGGACAAAAACAGAUUUGAUAUUAAUAAUAUCAUCGCUUCACUAGCCCCUAAAGCAGGCAUAAGUCAGUCAGCUAUGAAAGCAGGAUUAUCAGAAGCCAGUCCAGAACGACAAGCAAUAAUCUCUUGGAAGCAUGGAUGCUCUAAAACCGUGUCAGGUACUCCAACGUUCUUUAUCAACGAUGUUCUGGUUUCUGAAGCAUCUUCAACGUGGACUAUCGACCAGUGGAAAAAACUGAUCGAUUCUAUUUUAGAACAGUAAGUUACUGAAAACAAAAUAAAGGUGAAGAAGAAAGGAGAA